UGUAUUGAAUCGCAAUCAGAGUUUUCCUAAAGCAGAACCCAAAUUGAUAUCCCUCAGGGUGCCACAUGGUUGCUCACUAGAUGCGGAGGCAGUGCUGGUACCACAUAGACCUCCUCCAAAGGUUCCUAGUUCUCGACCAGUUGCAAAUCAAAGAACCAUUGUAAAUACUAAAUUAAAUCAAGAACAGAAAACAGAACAGUUUCAGCACCCAGGUGCAGAACCCCCUAAACCAGUGGGUCAUGGGGGAAUCUCAGACAGUGGAUUACCAUUGAGACCUCCACCCAAAGUUCCUCCCAAACCAAAACCUGAGCCAUGUGUAAAUUUAGUUGAUUUAAAUAUCAAUCUGAUGGCAAAACCAGAUUUGGGAAGUGAAGACCUGAUAACAUUAGAGCUCAUGAAUGAGCAAACAAAUAAAGAUGCAAACCACGUCACAUUAAAUAAAGAAGAAUCUGCAGGUUCGGGAUAUACACUUCAAGUCAUUGAAACGUCUGAGUCCAUUAAGAAAUUGGAUGUGAACAUUGAGCAUUAUCAAACACCACUUCCAGUCUUGAAGACAGAGUUGCAACCAGGUACAAGUACUUCUACUCCCUCAACUGUUUCUGUGACACCUCAAACAGAGGCAAAAAUAAAAGCUAUAGAUAAUGGCGACAUUCCAAAAAUACGUCCAGUACCAAAACCAAGAAUGGCACCACCUUCACAGAUUGUGAAAUCUCAGGAAAUUAAACAGAGUGAUGAGGCAACUUCUACUACUCAAACUAUUGUUACAUCGGAAGAGAUGUCAAACAAUAAUUAUUUUCCACCAGCAGUUCCCCCUCGAAGAAAAAAGUCUGCACCAGCAGCUUUCCACCUUCAGUUGUUACAAAGUAUGAACAGUUUGUCUCAAGAUGAUGGAGUUUCAAAUAAGAAUAACGACAACAGUUCCAGUGAAGGAACUUCAGUGAAUGUAGAAUUUUUUUAUGGGACUGCAAGCACAAAGGAUAAUUGUGAUCACCAAAACAAUUAUACCCAACUACUGGAGCCACAAAGAAGCUGGUCUUCUGAAAGGACAGUUUGUGGUGAGAGUUUAUUUCAGUCCGCAAACCCUGGUACUUCCACAGAGCAGUUUACCAGCAAUGAUAAUGAUGUUUCAAAAUGAGGAAAAAAAACAUAAUGCAAUCCCCAAAGAAAAUUGUAAAUCUCCAUGGUGACUGCAAAUAUUUCAAAUGAACUGUAAAGGACAUGUUAAAGAGCAGAGCUCUUCAAAACAUUCAUAAAUACAGCAUCUAUUUAACAGUUUCAGUUUAAUAAUACGGAAGGCUUUCCGUUAGUUUUUGUAGUGUAGGGAGAUAUUUUUCUAAGGACCAUAUUAUUUCCGUCCAGUGAUCCCAUUAAAAAUGCUGCAGCCAGCCUUACGCUUUUUAUUGCUUUAAAUCAAAAGGUUUAAAAGGGCCAGAAUGGCAUAAAAAGUAAGUGGUGGUAAUACUCUCUCAGAUACCUUGUUGCUUCUAUUUUGGUGCUUCCAUGCCGUCUCUUCCUCAGCCAAUCACUAACUUAGGCAGACCAACGCUGUGCUCGGUGGUUAGCUGAGAGGUCUUCAUGUUAGAUGCACCAGGGAGUAGUGACCAGAAGAGACCUGGAAAGGGUUGGAGCAGAGUUGGUGAGAAAAAAAUUGAUCAUCGCUUAUGUUAUGUUACACUGUAGGUAUACAGAAAAACCGUUAUAAAGCAUGGGUGUACACGCUAUUUACAAAAAUUACUAUUGACUGGGACUUACCAUGAUCCAUGCUGCAGGCUGCUGCUGCUCAUAUAGGAUGCUUUGUCUCCUAAUGCAUGGAUGUGAACGGCCCACUGCCAGUCCCUGCUAACUAGAAACUAAGUCUGCUAUGCAACAGGUUCAAAAAGACUAAUAUUGUGCACACUCCUGAAUUAUAAACAUUUUUAUAUACAAUUGGAGGUACAAUAAAAUUCUAUAUUUGGUUUAGUUUUAUUAAUAUAUUUUUAAGAUAUUUUCUUAAUUUUGAAGUCAUUUCAUGUAUUCUGCUUCCUGUCCUGGCUUUUUAACUUCCACUUUGUUUCGACUUUUACCAUGGCAGACACCCUCUCUUAAAGGAUUUGUCCAGUUUCUGGUGGAUACCGGACAACAAAGGGAAUCCGCCUGCAAUAAUUAACCAUUACUUACUUGGUGGAUCAUGCACCAGUGCUCUUUUUCUUCCAGCUAAGAUCUAUUUAUCCGGCUGCAGUGGUGAGAUCACGUCAACAACACAUGGUCACUGCAGCCGUGUAAACAGAUUCACCGGGAGCAGUGGAGAGGAGUCUGCUAGGUAUUGCAGGUAUAUUCCCUGUGUUCAGUUUUUCCCUGCUACUGGACAAUCCCUUUAAUUUUCUAAGCCAGACCGUUACUGCAGCCAGAAAUGAAGGGAGGGGGGGGGGGGGGGGGAAGCAACACACAAAACAAUGGAAUGCUUUUGGAAUGCUGACCUAUGAAGAGAAAAAUGGUGUUGUCAUGCUGUCAUCCUAACUCUACACCUACUUUUACCAUGAGGAUUACGUUGCAAAUAAUAUCUUCCCCUCACAGCAGCAGUAAAUUUACACUGAAGGAGGAAUUAUCCUUUGACUUUGACAGGACAAUAUUUUGUAUUUAACUUUACAACGGCAUAGUACUGCUGAAAUUGAAAAAAAUUUAUAAACAGCCCACUUUUUUUAAAAACUGAUUUCUAUGGACAUUGCAGAUAAAAAAAAAAAACUUUUUGAUGGAAGUGCCCCUUUGUGUCUUUCUUGAGUGAUAGUAGUAUAUCACAGUGAUAUGCCAUGACUUGAAUAGCCCUUUAAGGCUACCUGCACACAUUGCAUAUUUGUAUGUAGAAAAUCUGCAUGAAAACCGCAUAGAAACGGAGUUAAAAAAAAAAGCACACAUAAAUCUGCACUAUUGUGUUUUUCAUACAGUUAUUUUUUUUCUGUAGACUUUGUUUAUUUUAACAACUUCAUUGAAUUCCUUAGAGGAAAACCAGUAUACAAUAAAGUGUUGAAUUGCACAAACAAUUGACAUGCUGUGGACUGUAAAAUCCUGCAUGUAAAAAAUGUGCGCCGUGUACAUGAGAUUUGGCAAAUGUCAUUCACUCAGCUGGUACUAUAUUACGCUGUAGAUUUUCUGCAUGAAAAGCCAUGCGGAAAAAACACAGUUAAUCUGCAUUGUGUGCAGGCAACCUAAGACUGGUGUUACACAUAGCCAGUGUUUUUUAUAUUUUAUCACUAGGAGGUUAAGAACUCCCCUUUUGACUGCAGAUUGACUUCUUAUACUUUACCUGCACCUUCUUCACACGAGUGAUGACACAUUAAGAAGGUCAUCUUUAUGCUUCAAUUUUAGCACAACAAUGAUGUGUAAUUUGUCAGACACAUUUCUAAAAUGUUUACAUUUGUGGUACAGGCAAUAAAAUGGCACAAAACAUUUACAUACAGAUAGGGCAUAAUAGUAGAAAGUGAAGAAGCACAUUUCAUGCUGAUAUAGUGUUGUCAAACUGCCUCCCUUCCUUGUAACAAAACAGCGUUCAAUAUUAUUUUGUGUGAAGAAUCUUUUAAAUGACUAUAUUUGUAAAGCACACAUUAUAUGGGUAAAGGCUGUUUGCCUACUGCUUUGUACACCACUGCUUUGUCUCCAUGAUACAUGGUACUUUCAUAUUUUUGUCUCUAGAACAUCCAGUUAUCUAAAGCCAGUGCUGGUAUCAUAUUUUUAUAAUGUAUAAAAAGCUAAUUCCUUAAUAAAAAACAAUCUUCA